AUGGCAACGCCAGCCCAGUGUUACUAUUGCUUCGAGUGCCUCUCUGCCUCAUUCAAGGACCGCGACCCUGUCUCCCUGGCUACCGUAGAGGCCCUCUGGGAACAGCAUGAACAAUCUAAGAAGUUGACCAGUCUGGGCGACCGCGCCGCGGAUACCGUGGGCUCCGCGGAAGAAGAGGAAGCAGAGAACCUUUCAGGUCUGCCAUCGCCAGUAAAUGGAGCUGACCAAGACGGUGAUUCGAAACAGUCCUCACAGAGGAGUAGUCGUCCCCACGGCCUGCAACUCCCCAGUGUCCGUCGUUUGCAGAGCCAAGCCUCGUCCGACUCCAGCGUCGCAACCACGCCCUCAUCUGCCUCCAGCGGCUCCAAUACCUCACUGUUCUCAGGGUCCACGACCAUCACAACCCCCAGUACGCAGUCCGGUGCGGGAUCGGGCGAGAAGCCCGCCGAGCGACGGUACCCGCUAUUCGUGACCUGGAACACCCUCUCCCGAAGCGGCCACAAGAGUCUGCGCGGGUGCAUAGGCACAUUCGAAGCGCAAGACCUCGCAGCGGGGCUGAACUCCUAUGCUCUGACCUCAGCGUUUGACGACUCCCGCUUCUCGCCAAUCGUCGAGUCCCUUUUGCCAUCCUUGUCAUGCUCUUUGACUCUCUUGAGUACCUUUGAGCCCUGCACGGAUGCUAUGGAUUGGGUCCUCGGCAUGCACGGCAUACGCAUCUCUUUUAUCCAUCGUGGCCGGCGCUACGGCGCCACGUACUUGCCUGACGUUGCCGUCGAGCAAGGGUGGACGAAGGAAGAGACAGUUGAGAGCCUAAUGCGCAAGGCUGGCUGGGAUGGCGGCGCUGGCGGUGUUCGGAGACUACUACGAACCGGAACCAACGCUGGCACUACAAAGGCGUGGGACUCAGUCUCCGAGUUCCGCACCGUUAGAUACCAGGGUUUCAAGGCAAGUGCGAGUUAUGCAGAAUGGCAGGGCUGGCGAAAGUGGGUGCUCGAUUUAGACGAUGGCCAGGCGCUGUUGGACUCGGCCUGA